UACUCCACUUCAACAGGUGGCGACGGCAGUCUGCGCUCUGCGGGUUUUACACUGUAGAGAAGCGGGGUGUUUUUAUCAGCUCCCCGCUGAAAAACAGCCACUACAACACAACCACUACAGUAACUACAGUAACUACUGCACUGCAGGAAGAGCAGGUCUGGCAGGUGGAGGAGGGGGGUGAGGAGAGAAGCAGAAUGUGGGCAGAGCAGAAAAGAGGAAUCCACGUCUCCCAGGCCGAGCUCCUCUGUAAAGAUGGAUGUGGUUAUUAUGGCAAUCCAGCCUGGCAGGGUUACUGCUCCAAGUGCUGGAGAGAGAGAAUCCACAAGACUGAAACCAGCAGGCCAGAGAAUGGGUUCCACAGUGAUGGUGGAUUCCAGCUCACCUUCUCUAAAUUUGAGGAGAAGAAAAAUGUGGAGAAGGGCAGACGCUCCAGUACAAUGAAGAGACUGUUCUGGGGGACGCCCUCACCACCACGGCAAGAGUCUUUAGAAGGACAGGAAGCAGCAGUUAAGGCCUUUCAGAGUCUGGAACCCGGAGACUUCCCUGGCUUCCUCAAACUCCUGCGCAAACCGGCCUCCCAGCGGCUACAGUCUCGCUGCACAGCCUUCCUCAACACCAUCGAGGCCUAUCAUGACCUUCCUGUUGAGAAGCAGUCAGACCAUGUGCAAGAUUUCUACCAGAACAUUACUGUUCACUUUAAUGGUCUGCCAGAAGCACAGGUUUCACAGAUGAUGGAACACAUUGAGAAGCUGAUCAUGACACGUCUGCACAAAUGGGUCUUUUGCCAUGACAGCUGUGAUGAUGAGCAGAAGGAUCUGAUGCUUCAGCGGAGGAUCAAGUCCUUAAAUUGGGUCACCCCUCAGAUGCUGCGUGUCCCCUUCCCCAAGUGCAGCUCUGACAGUGACCCAUAUUUACCAGCUAUUACAGCCAUUAUUGAAAUGGAUGCCAAGCGAGCCCCUCAGGAUAAACUGGCCUGUGUGUCCAAGUGCAGUCAGAAUGUGUUCCAGGCCCUUGCCUUGACCAACAGCCAGCCAGCAAAUGCAGAUGACUUUCUCUCAGGUCUGGUUUACGUGGUGCUGAGAGCUAACCCACCUCGCCUUCACUCCAACAUGAACUACAUCACCCGCUUCGGCCUGCCACACAGCCUGAUGGCCGGGGAGACGGGCUACUACUUUACCAACCUGUCAUGCGCCGUGGCGUUCAUCGAGAAACUGGACGGCCCAGCCCUUAACCUCACCCCAGAGGAGUUCAGCAGGUACAUGCAGAGACGCAGCGCGCUCUCCAAACCAGCGGAGGCUGACAGCCAGAGGAGAGCCCGGGAAAACCGAGAGACGCUGGAAGACCUUCAGAAGCGGCAGGAGAAAGUGGACCAAGGGGUCCGGACUCUUCAGGAGCAGCUGGAGCAGUGGGUGCGGUCCGUUCAGGAGAAAGUAGAGGAUGUUGCAGCUCAGUCCUCGCUGAUAGAGAACAGUCUUGCUGAGUGUUUGGAGAAGUCAGCAGCCGGUGGCAGGGAUCAGUCAGUGUUGGUGCUCAGAGACGAUGCUGAUUUAAAUAGAGCUGAUCCUGCAGACACAGAGUGUUGAGCGUUGGUUUGUAUGCUGCAUCUUCACCAGCUGUUAAAAUGCAUAGCACACAUUCAUAACUUUCUGACAGUUGGCGUCAUAAAUGUGUAAACAGUGAUUAUACAGCUCUGGAAAAAAAUUAAGAGAGCACUUCAGUUUCUGAAUGAGUUUCUCUAAUUUUACUAUUUACAGGUUUAUGUUUGAGUAAAAUGAAUAUUGUUGUUUUAUUCUAUAAACUACAGACAGCAUUUCUCCCAAAUUCCAAAUAAAAAUAUUCUCAUUUAGAGCAUUUAUUUACAGAAAAUGAGAAAUGGCUGAAAUAACAAAAAAGAUGCAGAGCUUUCAGACCUCAAAUAAUGCAAAGAAAACAAGUUCAUAUUCAUAAAGUUUUAAGAGUUCAGAAAUUAAUAUUUUGUAGAAUGACCCUGUUUUUCAUGCAUCUUGGCAUGUUCUCCUUCACCGGUCUUACACACUGCUUUUGGAUAACUUCAUGCCUUUACUCCUGGUGCAAAAAUUCAAGCAGUUCAGUUUGGUGGUUUGAUGGCUUGUGAUCAUCCAUCUUCCUCUUGAUUAUAUUCCAGAUAAUUUUUUUAUUUCAUAAAAUCAAAGAAACUCAUAAUUUUUAAGUGAUCUCUUAUUUUUUCUAAAACUGUUGGAAGCAUCCGCUGUUAUACUCAGUUCUUAUGAAGUAAAACUUUUGUUUACAGAUUAAAGCUCUAUUAUAGGUGAAAUCCUGUGAACAGUUACUGUUAACAGUUAAAUUUAUUUAUUUUUUUUUCAACAGCAACAAGAGCAUGUUUAAGGCUGCGUUCACACAACAGGUAAAAAUGUCCCAAUUUAGAUUUCUCACCAGCCACAUACUUUUUUUCCCCCCUCGGUUUAUUAAAAAAACUUUAGUUUAAAAGUUUUUAUUCUCCUUUGAUGCUGCAGCCAUCUCAUGUGACUGCAUUCUGUCAUUUCAUUAGAAACACAGAGCAGAGUGACCCAGGUCUGUUAACUAUUAUGGGGUAAUUUUUCCACCCCUGAGUCUUUCACUCACUGCUUUCGUCCAUUUUCUCUUCUCCUUAUUUAUCGGUUUACAGUACCACAUAUUGCAGUGCCCCAUGUCGAAAUUGUUUCAGUUCACACUGCCACACAAAUAGUCCACACCUGUGUUACAAUUGACUAAAAGAUCAGAUUUGGGCCACAUAUACCUGCUGUGUGAAGCGAGCCUUAUUUACCUGUGCUUGUUAUUGUAUCUAUGCAAAACUCCACUGAAAGCCACUCAGUAGAUGUGAUUCUCGACCAGAGACCAAAAAACAUUAAAUAGUUACAGUGUGGUAAAAGUGUGGUAAUGUUUAAGUGGUCAGAAAUAUGCAUGUAAUUAAUCAUAAGUAGAUGAGCACUAAACACUCAGUUAAAGUAAAUGAGACUGUUGAUAAGAUAAAGACUCAAAUGUUAUUGUUUAAUAUAUAUUUAGGGGGCAUGUCCUUUGGUUUUCUUAAUUAGUUUUUUUUUUGUUCCUGAUGUUCACUUAUUGUAUUUAUGAGGUUUAGUAUAGCAACACAGUCCUAAUGAUUUUAUAUACUUAUAAUAUAUAUUCUUUUUCCUUGGAAUUAAACAAACUGUUCAGUUCUGGGGGAAACUCUCUGUUUGGGCUGACUUAUAUAUAUGAGAAAAAUAAAUGUGUAAAAUAUCUUCAGUAUGAAUGGAAAAGGCUAAACUACUGUAGCUGGAAUAGGCAUAUAUAUGUAGUACGGGAAUGCACUGAGUUUAAUGACAAAACAAAAAUGACAAACACUUCAGUUACUUUUUUGCACUUCAGUUUCCAUAUAUUUGGUAUCUUAUAUAGGAUAUAGAAUUUUUAAUAGCUUGAAUAGAAAAAGAAAAUACAUUUAAAUAGCACUGAAAUGUUUUGAUGGCACUUUUACAACAGAUUUCUAGGAAGCCGUCCUAAAAUAAACUUUAUUAUGUUUAUGUAGAUUAGGACUGCACAAUAUUUUGUUUCAGCAUUGUCAAGAGAGUCUGCACAUGUGCAAUAGUGACAUUAAUCAUUUCUAUUAAAUAUUCAGCACAAAUUCUCACAUCCUGCAAACAUUUUUGUCUGGUAAAAUCUAGGGAUUUUUGUAACAGUGUCAAAAUGAUUCCAGCCCAAUAUAGAUGCUUUCUAAUUUAACAAAUCGAUAUAAUAGUUAAACAGCAGAUCUAACCUAAUAAAAGUCAGUAAAAUCAGCGUUUUCAGUAUGUACUGUGAGUUCUCUACACAAAGUCAUGCCUGUUUAGAAGUUAUGGGUCACUGUGAAAGACGCCGAGAGUUUGAUCUGCAGUGUAAAUGCAGCUCUGUGUUUUUUGUGGAUCUGGUUGAUUGAAGGAUUGAACUUUUGAGGACUGUGGGCUGUUCUAAGCAGUAAUUGUUGUAUUGUAUAUGGUUAUGUAUUUUAGUAAUGAGUGUAUACAUGUUUAAAAUCUUUAAGUAGGUACUCUUCAUUUCUUCUGUGAUUGUUUAUUACCUUUUUUUUUGCACUUUUAAUCUGUUGUACUUAUUUUUCUUUUUAUUAUUAUUAUUAUUAUUAUUAUUAUUAUUAUUAUUAUUAUUCCUUUAUUGCCAUCCAUUGCCUCGCAUCAAAAUGCAAGUCUGUGCCAGUCAGGAGCUAAAGAGGUGCCUGAGGAGGAUUUCAGCAGAAAUGAUGCACCCAGAUGCUGGAUGAUUCCAAUUAAUUAUAAUGAAAUUAGGACAGUCCAGUCGUACAUGUUUUCUGUACUCUAGAACAUGCUAGAGGAAGCUUACCCAGCAUUGGACCUGGAGUAUACUCUUUCCUGCAAACUCUAGGCUUUUCCUGCUCUAACUAAAAGAAGAGCUUAUUAAUUAGUUUUUUAUUUGGAUUAGUGGCGACAGGAACUGGGGAAAACUCCAGGACCAGGGUUGGGAAAGACGCACUGCUCUGAAGUAGAUGUGGAACUGUGUUCUGCUCAGAUCACAGCUUUGCAGAGAUUACGCUUCUCUCUCUUGUAUAAGCCUCUCCUAAAGUUCACACUUAGCACAUGUGAUUAUAUGGUGUUCACACUACAUGAUAUUAGGUCUGAUGUUUCAGCUGCUGACUGGUUUUGGAGAUUAAUGAACAGAGCUUUGGACUGAAGGUGAAUCUCUCUUGGUUUAUCGUUUGCUCUGUCAGUAUGUGUGAACUGCUGACAGACACACUCCACAAGCUCACCAAGCUUAUAGAUAGCAUAUCUGGAUCUGUUAGCAACUUCACCAGCCAAUGAAGAAGCACGAGCCAGGGUGAAGGGUGGAGCCUGAAGGAGGAGGUGCACACACUAGGUCUUUAUCCUUAUCGCUUCCAUAUUAUUUUUAAUCUUACUUUAGUGUGCAUUACUUGUUUCUUAAAUUAAGUUUUUCUGGUGAAGUGUGAUUUUGGAGAGCAGUCUGAUGUGUGUUCCUCCUGGUGAAAGACUGUCUAAAUUGCGGCCCUGUGUCACUAGUAAAUAAAUCAAUCAAUUGUAUAGUGUGAAGAGAUCUACAAAGAUCUGAUAAGUCUAAAAAUGGUGUAGUGAGAACCUGGCGUAAAUCAGUGAUAAAAGAAAAGAAAAAAGUUGUUCUUCUGCAUCUCCCUGAUUGCCCGUAUUUUUCAUCCGUCUGUUUGUUUUUGUGUUGGAACAGAAAAUGUGACGAUCGUGUGACCCCCAGGACCAGUUUUACAACAUAAGUAGGGUAUAUAUUAUUUAUUUAUUUAUCAGAACAUAUGUUCCAUAUCUUUAUUGCAGCUGCAAAUAGUCAUGGUUCUUGAGUCACAUUUUACCUCUUCAUCCAGAUGAUUGAGAAAUGGUGCACAUAAAAGGAUGCAAAAACACCAUUAAUUCAGCUCUCACACUAAUAGUCCUGAGUUGAAUGAGAGUGUUUUGUGAGAAAGGACGCUAAACCCUGCAUUGCUGUGGUCUGGAAGCAGAACCGUUUGAAGCUCUCAGUUUUAGAGCCAGUUGGAGUAUUCAGUGCUUUCCAGUCUGGUACUGUUCAUUUUACUGUGCUUAUGUUUGUGGUAGCAGUGAGCAGUUUGAGUACAGAUUGUUAUACAGUGGCAUUGUAUCAUUGUAUAAAUAAUAAAGAAAAUAUUUGCACUUUAGAGGCUUCAGCUCGGCGCCCUGUGCUGAACCUCUCUCAGGAUGACGACAGAUAAUGGUCUGUGCUGUUAACUGUGAAAAGCUUAAGAAAUGAGCCUUUGCAGUCAGUUACUUUUGUUUUAACCAAAUGCCCUAAAGAAGGUCCCAAAUCAAAUCUGAUGUAAAAAAAACAUGCUGUUCUCAGUUACUAAUAAAAAUCAACAGAACACUU